ACCUCAUCCUUUCUCCAUCAAUUUCAUAUUUAAAUUCGCCAUCAACACAUACACACCUAUUUUUCUCAACUGCCAUUUAACUUUUCGCUAAAUUUGGAGAUAGUGGAUGAAGAAAGAUGCAUUUUGACGAUCUUUUAGUCGAAAAGCUUGGUGAAUUCGGCCCCUACCAGAAAAAGACAUAUUUUUGGUUGUGUUUGACGUCAGUUAGUGCAGGAUUUCAUAUGGUUAUUUCUGUGUUUCUCCUGGGGACUCCUAAAUACAGGUGUGCAUUGCCCGGAUGGUCAAAUGAUACAUAUGAAAUCCAAAACGAGGUGCAUCGUCAAAUGAUCAACUUAAUGAUUCCUGAUUCCACGGAUGAAACGUUGAAAUAUUCACAGUGCGAGUUAAUCAAGAACAAUAUUUCUGUAGCUUGUAACCAAUGGGUUUACGACAAAUCUAUUUUCAAAUCGACAUUCACAAGUGAGCAAAAUUUGGUAUGUACGGACGAGUUACGGACAUCGCAUGCGUCAAUGAUAUUCUUUGGUGGUGUACUAGCAGGGGCAUUUGGUCUUGGUACGCUGUCAGAUAUGAUAGGAAGAAAAAAGACGUUGUACCUGUCGAGUUGGCUACUUUUGAUGUCUACAAUGGCUGUUGCAUGGGCACCCUCGUUCUGGGUGUUUUGUGUAUUGAGAUUCAUUGUUGGUUUUUCCUGUGCCGGAUUAUUUAUGACUGCCUUUGUUCUAGGUAUGGAAAUAGUUGGGCCAUCCAAACGUGUUUGGGCUGGUGUUGUAAUAGAAUAUUUCUUUGCCAUUGGUCUUGUUGUUCUAGCUGGGAUUGCCUACGCCAUCAGAGAAUGGAAGUAUAUUGAAAUAGCAGUGUCAAUACCAUCAGUAUUCUUUCUGUUAUAUUGGUGGUUAGUCCCUGAAUCACCGAGAUGGCUUUUAUCACAGGGAAGACACGAGGAGGCGGAAAAGAUUAUCAGACAAAUUGCAAAAGGAAAUAACGUAACUCUACCAGAAAAAGCUUUGGUUAAUCUUGAAGCAGACAAGUCAACAACAGGACGGGUUUGGCAUCUGUUUACUGAUCGGGUUCUUCUAAUCAGAACAUUAAUCAUUUUCUUUAAUUGGUUGGUAGUUAGUAUGGGGUACUAUGGUCUCUCUUUGAAUACUGGUAACCUCAGUGGAGAUUUUUAUCUUAACUUUUUUCUCUCCGGACUGGUAGAAUUUCCAGCUUAUACGUUAUGCCUAGUGUUACUUGACAGAGUUGGAAGAAAGAAAUUACAUGUCUGUUGCUUUGUUGGAGGUGGUUUAGCAUGUAUAUGUACUAUUUUUACCAUGCUGUAUGCAGACGAAAGCUUACAACCAAUAACAGUUACGUUAGCUAUGAUUGGUAAAAUUGGCAUUGCUGCGGCGUUUGCGGUAAUUUAUGUAUGGUCAGCAGAAAUUUACCCGACAGUUGUCAGGAAUGCUGGUAUGGGUGCCAGUUCAGCAUGUGCUCGUAUUGGAGGCAUGGUAUCACCAUAUAUUGCUGACGUUAGCAAAGUUGUGGAUGGCCAUCUAGGUAGAGCCUUACCGUUGGUUAUAUUUGGUGGGUUCUCAGUCCUCGCAGGUCUUUUAUCAUUACUACUACCAGAAACACUCAAUCACAAGCUUCCAGAAACAAUCCAAGAUGGAAAAGAAUUUGGAAACAUAUGUAUAUCUUACUUCACAAAGGUUGUAAGUUGUGUUGAAAGAAUUUCUAAUAUGGAUGUGGAUUCGACGUUUGAAAUAGUUGGUGAAUUCGGACCGUAUCAAAAGAGGAUUUAUUUUUUAUUAUGUUUGAUGCCAUUUAUGACGUCAUUUCAUACUCUUUUAUCGUCAUUUAUUCUAGCAACGCCUGAUCAUAGAUGCGCACUACCUAAUUGGCCGAAUGAUACAUACAAAAUCCAAAGCGAGGCCCACAGGGAAGACGUUAAUCGGUCGAUUCCACUGUCGUCGGAAGAUGGAUACCUUUACGAUGGAUGUACAAUAUAUAGUAACACCAGCAAACUCAUAAAUUGUGAGAAAUGGGUCUAUGCCAAGACUGUUUUUGAAUCAACCUUUACAAGUGAGCAAAACUUCGUUUGUCACGAUGAGCUGAAAACUUCGCAUGCGGCCAUGGUAUUUUUUGGUGGAGUUUUGACAGGAGCACUAGGUUUCGGAUCUUUGUCUGACCUUUUAGGAAGAAAAAAGACAUUUUAUUUUGCUGUGUGGUUACUUCUCGUAUCUAGUUUUUCAUUAGCAUGGGCGCCAUCAUUCUGGGUGUAUGGACUUUUGAGGUUUAUCAUAGGAAUGUGUACUUCUGGGUUGUAUGUUGUCCCUUUUGUACUUGGCAUGGAAUUAGUAGGUCCUUCUAAACGUGUCUGGGCUGGGAUUGUUAUAUGCUACUUCUUUGCUGCCGGUCUUGUCGUUUUAGCUGGAGUCGCAUAUCUCAUUAGGGAUUGGGUGUACCUUGAAAUAGCUAUUUCUAUACCAUCUGUAUUUUUUCUUUUCUACUGGUGGCUAAUCCCAGAAUCACCGAGAUGGUUGCUUUCGCAAGGCAAACACGAAGAAGCAGUGGAAAUUCUCAAAAAGAUAGCUAAAGGCAAUAACAGGAAUGUUGAUGAAAAGGCAUUUGGUAAUCUGACUGUCCAAGAAGAGCCAUCUGGUCGAUUCUGGCAUCUCAUAGAUAACCCAGUUCUCUUCAAAAGAACUUUAAUAAUUCUUAUAAACUGGAUGUUUGCAAGCAUGGCUUAUUAUGGUUUGUCUUUGAAUACAGGUGAUCUUAGUGGAGACUACUAUUUGAAUUUUUUCUUGUCUGGCCUAGCUGAAUUUCCAGCAUACACAAUUUGUUUGUUAUUACUGGAUAGAAUCGGAAGAAAGACGCUGCAUGUAUCGUGUAUGGUUUUUGGUGGCAUCUUUUGCAUAUGUGCUAUUUUUCCAAUGAUGUAUGCAAGUGAAGAUCUUCAGCCGAUAACUGUAACGUUAGCGAUGCUAGGAAAAGUUGGUAUAGCUGCUGCGUAUGGUAUUAUAUAUAUAUGGUCAGCGGAGCUCUAUCCAACUGUUGUUAGAAACCAAGGAAUGGGAUUAAGUUCAACAAUGGCUAAUACUGGAGCUCUUGUCUCGCCUUAUGUUGCAGAUCUUAAUAAAGCUGUGUCGGGUGAUGUCGGGAGAGCUUUGCCGUUUGUGCUGUUUGGUGGCUGUGCAUUGCUAGCUGGACUUCUAGCUUUGAUGCUGCCCGAGACACUCAACCAACACUUACCAGAAACAAUUGAAGACGGAAUAAACUUUGGAAAGAAACCAAACAACAAAUAUAAACCAGAAAAAGAGGACAAUUCUGUAAAUUCACCUGGCGUUGACGUCAACGAUGGAGUAUACUCAUCAAAAUUAUGAUAUACUUAUACUCAUUACUCAUUACUCUGUCUGACUAUUUCUAUAUAAGACGAUAGCAGACAAAUAUGGCAUUUUAAACAGACAUGACGUAGCCUUAUCUUCGACAAGCCUUCUAAAUGGUGCUUUAUGUCUAGUUUAGAAAUAUAUAAAGAAAUAAAUUAUGUUUGACUAGCAGGAGUGUGUUUUCAACUACCAAUAUUAUGAGUGUCAUGCAUGAUGUGCAAGCACAAUAAUGAUACAACUAUACUGAAAUUGCUGGUAAAUAAACUCAUCAUAUAUA